GGCCGGGCGAUGGGCCGGUGGGUGCUGGCCUGGGCGCUGCUGGUGGCGGCCCUGGCGCGGCCCGCGGCGCCCCCCGCGCAGGACCCGUCCCAGCCACCAAGGGCCCGAGUGGGAGCAGCGCUCCGGGCGGCCGUGGCAGAAACCCCACCCGGAAGGAAGUGCAGCAGCGAGGGCCACGUCUCGGAGCCUCUCCCAGCUCCGGCCUGUGACCUGCGGGCCCCGUUCCUCGCUGUCAUGCCAUCCUGGCUCAAGAAGACGCUGUUUAAAAGAGAAUCUCCUAGGACGCACGCCCUGUUUGGAGAGAUGUCCAGGGCCGCCCAGGAGGUGUCGGAGAGCAGAGUCGUCUUCCAGAAGUGUGCGGUGGGCCCUGAGCAGGGUGCCGAGUGGACCCUGAAGGUGCAGCUGGUGGUAGCCAACCCACGCGUGCCCGGGGCGGCCGACCUCGCCGACCUGCUCCUGCUGGACAACGUCACGGGCCUGCGCGUGCACGACCCGCCCGGGAACCGCACGCCCAUGGGGGUCCAGGCCUUCCGGAGGGACCUCCUGCAAGUGGGGGACGCCUUCUCGGUCAGCUACACCGCUUCGCUGGACGCCGGAGGCAGCCUCAGAGACGGGGACCGCCUGCAGCUCGCAGCCCUGCUUCUCUUCCCCAGCUCCUCCCCGAACCGAACCCAGCUGCAGGCGCCGUUCACCGUUGUCGUGGAGGAGCAGCUCAGGGUCCUGCCGCACCACAGCCUGCAUGCCGCUGGCUUCUUCCUGGCCCUCGUUGCCUCCUUCGUGCUGACCUGGCUCUCACUGUUCCUCGUGGCUCGGCAUCGGGGCUGGGGGGUCAGCCUGCUCCCCACCUGCCAGGCUCAGCACCCCGAGGGCAGGCCGGAGCACUCCCAGUUCACCUCGGCUGAUGGCCUGAGCGAGGACCUGGCGCUCAACGAGCAGAUGGUGGACAUCCUGGCCUCGGGUGAGCCCGAGGGCAUGCUCCAGGCCCUGGAAGAGUUGGAGAUCACAACCCUCAGCCGGGCCGACUCAGAGCUGGAGGCAUGUCGGACGCGAAUCAGCAAAGAUGUUGUCGUCUUGCUGCUGAGGACCCUCAGGAGCCACGGCCGCGUCCCCCCGCAAGUGGAGCGGAGGAUGGGCAUCGCCCUCAAGGAGCAGUUCCUGCUGCUGGAGAAGGAGAUCCAGGAGGAGUAUGACAGGAAGAUGGUGGCCUUGGCCGCGGAGAGCGACUUGGAAAGCAGAAAGAAGACAGACAGCCAGUAUCAGAGGGAGAUGGCGGCCAUGGAGGAGGCCGAGGAGGUGCUGAAGCAUGCCAGUGAGCGGUCGGCAGCAGAGUGCGGCAGCCUCCUGCGGAGCCUGCAUGGCCUGGAGCAGGAGCAGCUGAGGCAGGCGCUGGCGCUGAGGCAGCAGGAGGACUUCGCCCGGGCGCGCCGGCAGCUGGCCAUCCUGCAGAGGAGCGAGCUGCACAGCAUCUUUUUUGCCCAGAUUCAAAGCGCCGUGGGCACCGGGGAGCUGCGGCCAGAGCUGGCGGAGGAGCUGCUGCAGGACUACGCGCAGAGUCAGGAGGAUGUCGAGGAGCUGAUGGACUUCCUCCAGGCGAGGAAGCGAUGGCACCUGAGCAAGCGCUUUGCCCACCGGGAAUACCUGGUGCGCAGCAUGCAGGCCGCCGAAAGCCGUGUGCAGGGCCUGCUGCGGGUGGCUGCCGCCCAGCUCAGCCUCCUCAUCCAGAAGCACGAGAGAGCCGGGUACCUUGACGAAGAGCAGACGGAGGCGCUGCUGGAGCGGGUCCACACUGAAGUCUUCUCGGUGACGCAGAAGCUGGACAAUGACCUGAAGCAGGAGAGGAAGAAGCUUUGCCAGAAGCUGAUAAUCAGAAGUCGGCGUGAGACACUGCAGAAGCACAGGGAGCAGCGGAAGGAGCAGCUGGCCCUCAGCGAGGCCUUCCGGACGGCUGAGGAUGUGGGCCAGUACCUGGAGCAGUGGCGGGGCCUGCUGGCGGACCACGGCGCGGCCCUGGAGGAGCUGCAGGAGCGCCUGGACCAGGCGGCGCUGGACGAGCUGCGGGCGCUGGCGCUGGCGCGGGCGGAGAGGGCCACCGAGGAGCUGCGGCGCCUGCAGAGCUCGGGGAUGGCCCAGGAGCUGCUCAAGCGCAGCGCGCCCUGGCUGUUCCUGCAGCAGAUCCUGGAGGAGCACCGCCAGGAGAUGGCCGCCCAGGCCGAGCGGCUGGAGGCCGAGGAGCGCGACAGGGGCCAGGAGGGCGUCCAGGGCGUGAGGCAGAGGCUGAAGGACGACGCGCUGGAGGCCGCUGUGCAGGAGCAGGCCGAGCUGAGGCACUGGGAGCAGCUGGUCUUCGCGCAGCUUUGCGCCUCUUGCUUCUCGCUGUCGCAGGAGGAGCUGCUGGGCAUGCGGCGGGAGGCGCAGGGCUACUUGGCACAGAUGGACCGCAGCCUGGCCCUCCCCAGGAUUCGCGCCCGUGUCCUGCAGCGGCGCUUCCUGGCCGCCUGGCGGGACGCAGAGGCCCUGAAGCUGGACCAGGCCCUGGCCGCCCCCGAGCUGCAGCACCCGGCCAAGGCCAAGAAGUCCCGCUCCAAGAACAAGAGCAAGGCCGACCUACUGAAGAGGCGCCUGGAGGACAAGGUCCGGCUCUCUGAGGAGCAGCCCCCCGACGACCUGCAGGAGAAGGUCCGGGUGGAGCUGCGGGCCGAGAGGCUGCAGCAGCUGGAGGCCCAGGAGAGCUGCUUCGCCGAGUCGCUCGUGUCCCUGCAGUUCCAGAAGGUAGCAUGGACGGCCGGGACCCUGUGGGCCUGCAGCACCCUCCUGAGCAUCCAGGGCCUCCUCCUGGAAGAACUGAGUGCAUCUGGGGCCCUUACUGCGGAGGCCUGCACCAGAGUCCUGGACUCACACAGCCCGGAGCUGCAGGAGCUGGAGAAGAAGCUGGAGGACAAACUGGCACUCCAGGAGGCAGCCGGGCUGCAGCGGGCGCUGGCCAGUCAGCAACAGUGGGCGGCGGAGGGGCCACGGCUCCUGCCGGGAUCCGCCGAGGAACCAGACUCCGAGAGGCAGGUGUCGGCCGCGCUGCAGCGAGCGCUGAGCCAGCGCCCCAAGCUCCUGAAGCAACAGCAGCAGAGCCUGAGAGAGGAGCAGCAGGACUGGGUCAUGCUCGAAGACUUGCUGGAGAAGAUGGAGACGGACGCAGUGGUCAGCCUGUAUGGCCAGGAGCUGAGGCUGACGUCCUACCUGUCCAAGCUGAGCAUGGUGCCCACAGGCACGCUGCACCGGCUGCUGACCCUAGCGCUGCCCACGGCCUUGCAGCCUGAGCUGCUGGCCGCGCUGGACUCCUUGGGCCAGAAGCAUUCCGAGCACGCGAUGGAGGGGGCCAGCGGGGAGCAGGCCGACACGGGCAGCCAGGGGAAGCACGGGAGCUGGUGGCAGGGGCUAGAGAGCCGACUCAAGGGAGAGCUGAUCAGCAGAGGGGCGGAGAGGAUGCGGUGGGCUCAGCAGAGGAAGGAGAGCACUCUGGGCAGGCCCUGCGCCCCGCUCAGUGACUGGACCGUGUUCUCGGGCACGGGCAGCUGGCCGCACCUGACGCUGGAGCCCCUCGGCCAAGUGGCCCCCGUGGCCAUCCUGGGGGAAGAGGCCGUGGAUUUCCUGAGCACGGGCGAGAAGCUCUUUAUCUUCCGGAACCCACAGGAGCCUGAGCUCUCAUUGCAUGUCCCGCCCCGGAGAAAGAAGAAGAACUUUCUUAAUGCCAAGAGUGCUGCUCGUGCCCUGGGCCUGGACUAGUGUGAUGCCUCUGGACGGGCGGAGACGCAGAAAAGGGACACAGCUUCUUCUGUGUGUGUGUGUGUGUGUGUGUGUGUGUGUGUGUGUGUGUGUACGCGCGCGCGUGUGUGUGCAGGUAGGACUGUGUAUGUGUGAGUGCAGGUAGGCCUGUGUAUGCAUGGGUGCAGGUAUGUGUAAGGAUAUGAAUGUUUUCAGGUAGCGUGUGUGUGCAUGUAUAAGUGCAGGUGAAUGUUGGUGCAUGUUAGUGUGUGCAGGUAUGCCUGUGUGUACAUGUGAGUGUGUACACACACUCGUGUGCAGGUAUGCCUGUGUGCGCACGUGUGCAUGUGCACCUGUGCAGUCUGAUAGGUGUGUGUGCGUGCACGUGUGAGUGUGCAGCUUGUAGAUCCUUCGGCACAGGCAGGAAGCUUGAAGACCCCACCCCUGCCUGUACCCCCGGCCCCAGCUCUCAGGGUUCCAGACUGCCCGGAUGGUCCCGCCCUCGCAUCUGAGAAUGACAAGAUGCGCCUGGGCCAGGGGCGGCCGUCCGGGAUGGCAGCUGCUUUCAGGCGUCCUUGCUUGCGUCCAGAGGAGACCCUGCCCCAGCCCCUUGCUGGCUGCCCUGGCUGUGUGGAAGGCAGGAUCUGGCCUGACACAG